AUGGCGCCUCCUUACCCAGACGAUAGCCGACCAUACUCAGGCCCGUCCCGCCGAGGCUACCCCCCUCGAGACGAUCGGGACGGCCGCAUGUACGAUGAUCGCUCUCGCUCACGCUCGCCUGGCGACCAUUCUCGCUCGCCUCCCCAACGAACAGCAGAUCGCAGGCACGAGUACUCCAGGGACAGAGAUGCUGGAUCCCACUAUGACGACCGGGAUCGGGCUGACUAUCGUCAGCGAUCGCCUCCGCGGCGAGGAAGACAAGGGUAUCGAGAUCGAGAUCGCGAGGGAUAUCUAUCGCCGGAUUAUACCCACGGUGGGAGUUACAGUCGCAGUCGCAGCCCGCGUCGAGGACAGUCUGGAUUAGGGCUGGAGAGCCGGGAGAUUAUGAUGGAAGGCUUCCCUGUGGAUAUGACAGAAGACGAUAUCGGAGACGAGCUUCAGAACGCGUACCAAAUUAGUGGCUUGGAAGAAAUUCGAGUGAUUCGAGAUCGACAAACGAAGGUGUCACGGCAGCUGGGAUUCCUGCGAUUUCACUCUGUCAACGACUCCAGGGCUUUCCUAGAACAGAAUCACCCCUUCAUUUAUCUGUAUGGGCCGUCCGCGGGAGAUAACGAUCGGAGCACAAAAGUUCGCAUAGCAUACAGUCGUGAGAGAGAAGACAGGAAUCGAGGAAAAGCCGAAGGCGAUUGGACCUGUCGCAUGUGUGCUGUCGUCAACUUCGCGACUCGACCAAAGUGUUUCCGCUGUAAUGCUCCUCGUCCAGGUUGUGCCCCUGGCCCACCUGGUGUUCCAGCCCCGAAGGUCGUGAACAAUGGUGACAACGAUGCUGCCCCGGAAAACCAACCGUCUCAAUUCCUUCUUUUCCGAGGUCUGGAGUCUUCAGUGACAGAGGAGCUUCUAGCUAAAGGUGUUGCCAAGCUGUAUCGACCCGCCGGCGGAAACAAUGAUGGCACUCCAUCAAGUACUCAAAAGAAAGGGGCUAAAGUUGCGUCGACGACUGGAGACGCCAACCUUGGAGCCCGAGAAGGCUCCAUCCGGCGUGUACUUCUAGUUCGCGACCGGAAGACGAACGAAAGCUGGCGCUUUGGGUUCGCUGAGUUCGCCAAUGUAUUGGAUGCGCAAGCGGCAAUGACACGGUUGAACUCAUUUGACAAAUUCACGAUCUCGUCCAGGCCUGUCAUGGUCAGCUAUAUCCAUGCAGGCGUUUUCGUGCCAGUUAUGGAUCCGAAGCCCAGCACGGCUCACUUCACAUUCAGCCCGCUAUCUAAUCCUUCUGUGAAACUCAUGUACUGGGAUGACGAAGGAUAUGUCACUGAGCUGAUGCUAACAUCAGCCGAAGACGAUAUGGGCCAAGAUCAAGCGAAGGGUGCGAAACCUUCGAGCCAGCGAGAACAGAAUGAAACCAAGAGCACCAGAGAUGCCGAAAAAGCCAAGAAAAGGAAGGCUGAUGCAGCCGCAAGCGCGAGUGCAAAGAAGCUUGCCAUGCCGUCGCACCUGCAAUUUUGGAGUAACCGCCAUGCCGAGCUUCACGGCAUUGCAAAAGACGGUGAUGAAAAUCCUGCGGAGGGUGAAUCAGAGAAAGGGGGGUUGUCCACUGACGCAAACGCACCGCCUACACAGUCAUAUGCCGAUCUCAACCGGAAUUGCUGCUAUCUUUGCAUGCGGCAAUUCAAGAGUUCUGCCAAUGUUAAUCGUCACGAACGACUUAGCCAGCUCCACCAAGAUAAUCUACAGAGCGAGGAGGCGAAAGCGCGAGGAAUGGCUAAGCUUGUCAAGCAUGGAAUCGUUCAGCAGUCUUCCGAAUAUCGUGACCGUGCAAAAGAACGCCGCCAAGCAUUUGGUCGUACCAAGACCGGAACUCGACAAAAGCCAGCAGCACCCAAGGAAGAGGAGGCACCGCCACUGCAGACAGCCUCGAAGGGUGCUUCUCUCCUGAGCAAGAUGGGCUGGUCAGCAGGCUCCGGUCUAGGUGCACAGGGCACCGGCGUGACGGCUCCUAUCGCCACGGAAGUUUAUGCACAGGGUGUUGGUUUAGGCGCACAAGGAGGCAAACUGGGCGAUGCCGUGGAAGAGGCGGGCCGAAAUACUAGAGGACGAUAUGAUGAAUUCUUGGAGAAGACCAAGGAGACAGCCCGCCAACGCUAUGAUCAGAUGAAUCAGUGA